CUUCUGCUAAAAGACAUGCUGGAGCAGCUUACUAAGGAAGCUGAUGAAAGUUUACUACGGAACCUGCGCCUUCAGAUCGAAGUCCAGUUUCUGCAGGAUGACAUCAGUGCAGCAAAGGACAGGUUCAAAAAGAAUCUCCUGGAAAUGAAGACUUAUAUUAGCAUCCUGCAGCACAUCACCCAGAGCUCCCCUCAAACUUCUGGCAUUACAGGUGUGAUGAGGGAGGAAAAGUCUGUAACUGAACAGGAAGUGGCUGCUUUGCAGAGUGAAUUGCAAGAGUCCCAGGAGGUGCUCUCUGCCCUUCAGGUGCAGCGAACUGAGCUUCAGACCCAGACAGAAACCUUGGAACAAGCUAUUAAAGAUGCUCAUGAGUGUUACGACGAUGAGAUACAGCUCUAUAAUGAACAGAUAGAAUCCCUGCGCAAGGAAAUUGAAGAGAUGGAGAAGGUCCUGGAGAAGUCUUCCUAUGAGUGUCAGCAGCUGGUGGUUGCCCAGCAGACCCUGAAAAAUGAGCUGGACCGAUAUCAUCGGAUCAUUGAGAAUGAAGGCAGCAGGCUGAGCUCCACUUUCCUUGAAACUCCAGUCUCCAUGUUUGCUCAGAGUCUUGGAUCUAACUUCAGCUCUCUCCCAAGUGGGAAAGAGAUCACCAGGACUAUGCCGGUUAUAAUAGCAGCAAAACCAAGACAAAAAGGCUUCCCCAAGUAUGUUCCAAGAAGAAAGGAGAUCAUACUUAAACACAAACCAGAAGACAGUCUAAAAGGCACAGAACAGAUGCAAGGUGCACUUAAAGAAGAAUUCAAAUCUGAGUUUGAAUCUGAGGGUCAGGAGGCAAGUCCUUCCAUUGUAGAAGAGUCUCUGGAAGAUGUGCCUGAUGGAGGACGAAUAAGCAAAGCCUUUGGGAAACUCUGCAGGAUGGUCAAGGAGAGAGUGAAAAGCCCCAAAGAGCCGGAGCCUCCAGCAGCCCUCCAUACCAAAGAGCGGUAUGUGUUGGUCUCCAGGGAUGACCUUUAUGAAGAUGCUGGAUUCUAUUCCUUCUCCAACCCGGCCAAAGGAAGGGUGGUUGUUUUCAUGGAGGAUGGCUCUAUGCAUCGUGGUAGACUGGGGGAACUGUCUACCGAGCAUCCCCAGACCUUUCUGGAGAAUGGGCAGGGAGAUCCCCAAGAUAAAGAAGGUGCAUACUCUUCCAGUCCGCAUACUACAGACUUCAAAAAGAAGGAGCUAAAUGCCAAAGAGAAGGAAGGCCCCAGGGUGAAAUGUACUGCCCAGAAGGAGGAUGAGGGGUCUGAGAAGCCCUGUCCAGUGGUCAUAUCUGCUCCAGAGCAACUGUCUACAUCACAGUCUGAAAGGCCUGAAGUCAAGCAGGAUCGAUUUGAGGUCCAUGGGCCUGUGAGCACCUGUGUGUUGGAGAGGAGUGCCCCCCGGAAUCUGGCCCGUGGGAAGGUGAAAGUGGUUGAAUCCAUUGAGAAGUUUUCAACUGAGAGUAUUGAGACCUAUGAAGAAACUGCUGUAGUUGUGGAGACCACGACUGAAAAGACAAAACCAAAGAAGAAGAAACUGGGAGACAAGGGCUCUUAAAAUGCCUCAGCUCCAAAG